AGUAUAUACCUAUUCGAAAGUUACAAAAGGAAUUUUGCUCUUAAAUACAAUCUUUCGUAUUAAUUAAAUUAUAAAAAGCAAAAUCUCAAAGUAUAUACAAAUUCUAUCAAAUGUAUUAUACUCUGUGCUAAAUCAGUGCAAAAAAUCUAAUCAGAGAAGGCGGGGAAACUGCUAAGGUAUACAGUCGUACAAAUAUACAUAUACAAUCGCGUUCGUUUUCAGUUGAUACCCUACGUUACCAAGUAUUGUGAGUUUGUUGAUUUGAGUGCACGCAUGAUAAAAACCAUAUGAACCGGUCUUGUUUUGUAACAAAUUUCAAAUGUGACCGACUGCUGUAUUUGCAAUAAAAGGCCCAUUCUAUGUCCAGUUGAAAACCAUUCCCAAGAAUCGCGUAUUCAACGACAACAACAGUGUGGGAGUUCUGGCCUACGAGAUGUUGAAGUCUUCAUAAUCGACAAAUUAUAACCGAAAUGCGACUAUUCAAACGACGGAGCUCUGAUCCGAACCCACAGCUAGAACAUUUAUCGACUCUUUCUGAAAACUGUAUCGAUCAUGGAGAAGAAGCUUCAAAAUCAUAUCUUUCCGCUUGGGGAAGAACUUGGGACAAGCUUAAACGCGGCGACUCUUCCGAACAAUUACCUUCUACUACAAAUAGAAGAAAAAUGUGGUAUCCUCUCAAAAAACAUGAUAGUACAUCCUCGAGCACAUCUAAGUUUGGAGAUGAAAAAUUCGAAUUGAAACUGUCUCAAAACGAUUUAAGAAAAAUAUAUGAUAUGUAUCGAAACAUGAACGAUAAAGACAGAUGUGAAAGAAUAAUAAAAAGUAAAAGAAAAGCUAGAUGUAUAUCGGAUAAUUUAGAACUUAGUCAACAGCAGCUACUAGAUUAUUUAAUUCUCAUGAAACCUGAAGCUCAUGAACUUGAUAGAAUAUUCAGUGAAAUAUCUGAAGAGCCCCCGAGACAAGAAUCAAAAAGAUUACUAAUGGUUUCGGAAGAGAGGAAGACUAGAACAUCUAGAAUUAGAUCAAUAUUCUCGAGAGCUUCCAGCAAAUCUGACGAUGAAGGUGAUUUACGACUACAUCCUAAGAACUCAUCUACAGAUAGUCUCACCAGUCUGAUUAAUUUUAUAAUGCCCAGUAGAAAAUAUACUUCCAAUAGCUCUCCAAAGUUACCAAAUAAAAUUAAAUCAGAUGAAAGUGGAUAUGGAAGUGAUUCUACGAAGACAGUGACCAGUAUCGAUUCUCCUAUAGGAUCUUUAAAAUCUCAAAAUAGUGAAGUAUCCACUGAUAUUACUGAAGAGAAUGCUACAGCUGCUACUAGUGACUUUUAUUAUGACGAUACUGAUACAGCUGAAGAAGAUAAUAAUGACCAUGAAAUGACAAUAACAAAUUUCUUUAAAAAACAAUCCAAAAAGAGAUCUCGUUCUCAAAGUCAAGAUAAUGACUCAUUGUCACGACGAAAAUCAUUUAAAUUCAAAAAAUCGCCCGUAAAAAGUAAAGAAAAACUCAAAAUGUCUAUAGAAGAUUUAAGUCAAAAUUAUUGUGAUAAAUUAAAAAUAAGUGCUGAAAACAUAGAAAUGAGAUCUAAAAAGAGACCAUGUUCAAGCACAGGUCAUUUGGAGAAGGAUUAUAAAUGUGUUAAUCUAAAAGUUGGGAGAAACGAACAUUUGGGCAUUAAAAUAGGACCAAAUUAUGGAAGAGAUUCCAUAAUAAGCUAUAGCAUUACUGAUAUACUACCAAACUCCGUUGCACAAAGAAAUGGAGUUCUAAAAGUAGGAGAUCAAGUAGUGAAACUGAAUGAUCAUCAAUUAAAAGGUUGUCCUAUAUCUAUAGCUAAGAGUUAUUUGCAAACAAGAAAUGGGGAAUUUCAAAUAACGAUAUGUAGAACGUACCCUCAACAGUCAGCUAAAUCGAUCAUUAAAAAGAAACCACCAGUGUCAAAUUUAAAGGAAAGCAUUGCCUUUAAAAUGGAUAACGUACCGACCAUAAAAAUACCUUUACUUAGCCCAACAAGAAAUACUUUUAAUAUUAAAACGGACAUGUCAAAUACUAAUACCUCAAAAUGUAGUCUUUCGUCGGUGUUAAAUAUGGAUAGCAGUCCAGCCAAAAAAUACGUUGGAUUAUCUGAUAUACUUGAUAACAAAAAUGAUGACAUAGAAACUAAAGUUUCCUUUAGCGAAAAGCCGAGGACAAACGAUGACAUUUUCAAAAAACCUUCAGACAGAAGAAAUAAGCAACUCGAUCAAAAUUCCAUCACAGGAAUGAGAAAAUUUUCCAUCUCAACGGAUUUGUGUACUAGAAAAUCGAGUACAGCGGUGGAAAGUAGUAGAAUGGAAAAGUAUCUCCCCGGUUACAAAACGGUUGAAUUUCAUAAAGGCCCAGGAUGCAAAUCACUUGGUUUUUCUAUUGUUGGAGGCAAAGAUUCACCAAGAGGGCCUAUGGGAAUAUAUGUGAAGACAAUUUUUCAACUUGGUCAAGCUGCUGAUUCUGGAAUAUUGAAAGAAGGUGACGAAAUAAUUUCAGUGAAUGGUACUUCCUUUCGUGAAUUAUCCCACCGUGAUGCCGUGAGUUUCUUUAAAAGCAUCAAAUGUGGAAAAGUCGAAAUGGAGCUAGUUGCGCGACAGAACCACAAUAAGUUUUCAAGUUCUUUGUGAAUUUUUAUUACACACAUCUGGUUGGAAUUUGUAUCAUUUUAAAGGACAAUCUUUCACUUUUUAUUUUUUCAGUAUUUGCAUUUGCGGCCAACUCUAAUGUAUAGAUAGGUAAAUGACAGUGAAAUUUUUUUCUUUAAAUAAAAAUACGUAAGGGAUAUUUUCGUCAUUUAGUUUUUGUUUAUAGAGAGAAUCAAACUAGUGAAGAUACUCUAAAAUGAUAUAAGUUAAUUAUUUCUGACGAAGUGCCAUAUAAUUUGGAAAAUCUAAUCUAAAAUACCAAAAAUAAUACAAAAAACUUAAUAAAUUUGUAAUUAAAAUGAAAACCGACUAGUUUAUAUUUUGAAAGGUUAACGCAACUUUUUGAUACAGAAAUUUUUAAUAAAAAUUAUUUCCCCAAAUUUUUAAAAUACUAUAUGAUUGGAUUGAAUAAUUUUGUCACUAUAAUCCAUGCAGCAAAACAUUAAUAUUUAAGUUCUGCCAUAAUUUUAGUAAUAAACACUUUGUAGUUGGUUAAUAAUGAAACUAAUAAAACAUAAUUCAAUUAUAGAUUUUAAUAUUUAUUAAAAAUAAUGCAUUUUCUGGUAUAAAAUUAAUAUAAAAUCACUAUUUGAGAAGUUGAAACAAUUAUUCAAUUUUUUAAAAACAUCAUUGGGGUAACCACUUAUUAAAACGUGACGUAAUUUGGGGAGGGAUUAAACUUUUGCAACCUUAAAAAAUCAAAUGUAGCCUUUGAACAAAAUAUAAGAUAAUCUUAUUUAACAAAAUGUAUAUACUCAUUAAUUCGAAAAAAUCGAUAAUUUGAACAGAAAUUGUUCAAUAUUAACAUUAACUGUUAAUUCUUGAUGUUAUUGUCCUUCUUGGUACGAAAUUACGAAUAGUGUUGAGGGUUGAAGAUUCGAUAUAAAACUAUCUAAGGGUUUUUAAAUUGCCAACGUUUCGAUCCUUCAUUUGAUCUUAAUCAAGGCUCAAAAUAUAAGGUAAAUUAUAAAUUGAGGAAUUGAGGAAUUUGAAUUGUGAAUUGAAAAUUUUUGAUUUUGACUAACCUCUAAAAAGCAUUUAUUUAUGUAUGAGUAUAAGUUUCUGUAAAUGAUUCUUUUUCUACUUAUUCUUCUGUUUAUACAAAAAUGUUAUUAAUUGUCUAGGUUAUAUAGUUUAUCUUUUGUCUCUUAUCCAAUGUGUCCCAUUUAUAUUGUUACACUGAAAUAUUCUGAUUAUUGUUUUACUUUUUAACUCACAAUUUAAAUUACUUGUUUAUCUUCCUCAAUGUUUGAGUUAUAAUGUACCUUAUAUUUUUAGCCUUGAUAAAGAUGAAAUAAGGGAUCGAAACGUUGGCAAUUAAAAAAUUGUUUUAUUUCGAUUCCUCAACCUCAACAACAUCUUCCGUGAUUAACUGUUGAUUUAGAACGAAAUUGAAGAUAACAAAUUUGCAGCUUUUCAACUUUCUAAUUUCUUCAUUAGUAGUAAAUCAUUGAUCACAAAUUUAGUUAUAAGACUGAUAUAUGUUAUUAUGGAAAUUAAAUGUAAAUAUUAAUAAUUUUAAGUUUGGUGCUAUUAAAUGGCAACUAAUGUGCAAUUAUUCAAUAACUUGAUACGUACAUUAUUUAUUCAAAACAAAAAUUUGUUGUAGUUAUGAACAGUUUUAUGCAGAGCAAUAUGAUUAAUGAACUUUCUAUCAACUAUAUUCUAAACUUAUAAUUAUAAUUAAGUUAAAAUUUCUAUUAUACUUUUUCAAUUCAAGAAAUUAAAUUGUUUGCACUUUUCUGCAGAAUUAAAUACUUCUUUAUUUUUUAUUCUAAAUAAAUAUAAUAUUAAUUGUAAACCUAAAUUCGUUUAUGUAGUACCUAAAACAAGAUUCUAGGUGUAAAUAAGUUCUAAUUGGAAAAAAAUGGGUUGCUUCAUCAAGGGAAUCUAAAUGAACCAUUCUGUAUUCACUUCGGCUGAAGUAUAUUAAAUGUUUUAAUUCCAAGAACGUAUCAAGAUCAAAGGUAAAAGGUAAACUUUGGUGUCUGAAGAUAAUUACUUGGUUAUAAAAAUACGUGUCACGUGUAAUUAUGUUUGAAUAUUACCAAAGAAUUCAGAAAUUAUAAGUUAACUGCAGACUGCUUGUUUGUAGUAUAUCAAUUUAAAUUAAGAUAUGGCAUUUGUUUUUAGUCUUCUGAACCAAGAUUUUUAAAUGAAAAAUUAUAAUUGAAUCUUCAGUAGUUAACAAAUAUUGUAAUAUUUAGUAAGAAGAGUACUGCAUAAGACUGGUAAUAAGUUACAAUAAUUUUGAGCAUUCUGGUAUUUCUAAAAUGCUAAUUGAAACUUAAAUGAUGGAAAAUGAAGUCCCAACUUAAAAAUUAAAAUUCAAAAAACCUCCAUGAAAUAUCCUGGAGAGCUACUAAGUAAUGCAUUUAGACAUCGUGGGCUAUAUUAUACAAUGUGUAUCAUUAAUAUCACAUAAUUUUGAAAGAACAUUUCUGGUCUAUUCUAAAUUAGCUGUUUGAAAAUGAUAAAUGCAAGUUUUGUUUUCCGUCAUUUAAGUAUUGUUUCAGAAAUUAAUUUUUAAUUUGUUAGUUAUUAGGCAUUCAUAUAAUGCGAGUCAUAUUAUCAAAAAUUGGAACAAAUAUAGUUUUUGACUUUACUUGGGAAUAUACUUGUUUGAUUCAAUUUUAUUUGCUGUUAUCGGUUUUCAUGACAGUUGAUUUAUAAGAGUGUUGUUUUAGUAUAGUGCGUUUUUUUAUGUUUAUGAUUUUGUACAGUUUUCUAAAAUAUUGUUCCCAACUAAUAAAAUAAUGAUAUAUUAUGAGGUUAUUUUUUAUAUAAAACAUUGAAUUAAAAAACACUAACAA